CUUUCUUUAUUUUCAGGUCCUGGUGGUCACGCCCCCUACAAUCCAGAAUCUGGUAUGGGAUACAUAGAUAAUAAUCAGAUGUCUAUGAGACCCCACACAUUGCAAGGUAUACAUGGAGGAGACAUGUACGAUCCAAUGAAAGCUGGCUACUCCCAUGUUCCAGACGGCCAGCGUUACGAUAUGUUAGGUGUGCAGAGUAUGCAUGGCGCCGACAUGUAUGGCCCACCGCCAGUUAGCGGGUCAUACAGCCAGAUGUCGCAGUUGCGCCCACCUGUACACUCGCAGGCGAUGCUUAUCCCCGGCCAUCCGCACCACAUGAUGAUGGGCCACACUGCGCCUGGGAUGGGCCAUCAUGGCAUGCCCAUACAGACAACACAGAGCCCACCCUUGCAUGGCGGAAGCAUGGAUGUCAUGGGCCAACAGUUACAGGACAUCCAUGCUUGACUGCAUUAGGAUAGUGUCAGGAGAGAAGCUAAGAAUCUGAGAGACAUUCUAUCAAUCUAUCUGUCUGUAUGUGUGUAUCUCUACAUACACACACACACACACAUUAACAUAUGCGCAUAUACACCGAGAUAUAUAUGUAUGAAUAUAUGUACAUAUAAUA